UAAAGAGUGAGCUAUAAAGGAAUGGACUAUGUGCAAUAAAACACAAUGCGUCUUGUCAGGGACACUUCACAAAUGGCUGUGGACCUUAUCAGCUUGCUUGCUCUGUGCACACUGUGUGCACCCAUACUUUCCUCUGCAAUGGCAUACAGAUCCCAGCAGUACAAUCCUUUGGAGCAGUCCUGGAGAAAUAGAAACCUUUGCUCAAUUCCUGCAGAAUUGGACCUCAGGCUGCAAGCACUUGAUCUGUCAAGCAAUUCAAUUGAACAGUUAAAUGUACUCAACCUAAAAUCGCUUAAGAAGCUAGACAUAAGUUACAACCAUCUGAAUUUCAUAGAGAAAGGAGCUUUCAAGUACCUGAUCCAUCUGGACUACAUGAAUCUUGCAAUGAACCUACUGGACAGCAAUGUAAUGAACAACAGCAAAGCCUUUCAAAACCUUUAUGGACUGAAGCAUUUGGACAUUUCACUGAAUAAUCUAGAUGACGGUGCUGUGGGUCUAUAUAUUCACAAUGCUACUGCUCUUGAACAGCUCACUCUUAAUGGAAAUAGUUUGACUAAACUUACACCAACUCUAUUUGCAAAUAACAGGAACCUUGUAAAUAUUGAUAUUGAAAACAACAAUAUUUUGGAAAUUGAUAAAGGAACAUUUGAACCCUUGAAGAAACUAUCAGUAUUGAACCUGGCAAGGAAUAAUCUGGUACAUGUUUGUGACUUUCAGCUUUGUCAAGUAACAAUUCUCAACUUAAGCCGAAAUUCAAUAGAAUUCUUCUUCACUAAUCCGAAUUAUCAAAUGUAUCUCCUCGAAACUCUGGAUUUAAGCUAUAACAAUCUUCUGUAUUUUCCUGUUGUUCCUAAAAGAAAUAGACUGAAGUACCUUUAUCUGCAAUACAACAAAAUUGGUGUUUUAGGAUUAGAAAUCUCUAUUUCAGAAGCUAAAAUGUUACACAGAAAUAUAACCCAGGACACAGAAAUUCAUAAUGCAGGAAACAGUAAUGACCUGAACCUUCUGACAUUAUGCCACAUUGACUUGAGUGCUAAUGAUUUUACAAAUUUCUCUUUAAAUUCUUUAAGCAAACUGUUGUCUUUAGAGACGCUGAAUUUAAGUGACAACUGUCUCCAGUACAUCAGCCAUGGCAUGCUGAUAAAGGACAACCAAACAGAAAUCAGUAACAUCUCCCUGCCGUCUUUACUCCAUCUAAAUCUGCACAACAAUAAAAUUGAAUACUUGCCCAAAAUCUUAUUUGAUUCCCUUCCAAAAUUAGAGACACUCAUCCUUAGACAGAAUGAUGUGAAGCUAUGUGAAGAAAAGGCUAAUUUAUCAAUCAGUACCUGUGUGUCUUUCAGAGGAGUACACAGUCUGAAACACUUGGAUCUAGGAGAAAAUGGGAUCAAAAUUGUCCCUAACACCUUUGCAAACACUCGGUUAGUGUCUCUCAAUCUAGAAGGCAACAAAAACAUAUUUCUGCCGAGAGGGUCUUUGGAAGGUUUGCAGGGAAGCCUUGAAUCACUAAGUAUUGCUAACAGCAAUGCAAGCAGGUCACGUGUGUUCACUCCAUGUAUGACAAAGCUGAGAACUUUAAACAUCUCUCAUAACAGGUUUAAAGAUCUUCCAGAAUCAUUUAGGUGUUCACCACUGAAGGUCCUUGAUCUACGAAACAAUAACUUCACUUCUUUGAACUUUUUAUUAAGAAAUAUGUCUCAAGAAUUAGAUUUUAUUUAUAUCAGCAAUAAUCUAUACAACUGUUGUAAUACAAGAUGGCUAACAAUCUUGCGUGAGAAUCAUGUGAGCAUUGCAGACCUGGAAAGAGCUAAGUGUCAGUAUAAGACUGGUGAUGAUAUUACAUGUCACUUGUUACAAAACAACACCAUACAAUGUCAAAGGGAAGCCUUUUGGAAAGGCAAAGGCUAUGUAUGGGUAUUUAUAUCAUGUUUAAUCAUCCUCCUUACUAUUGUGGCACUGGUGAAAGUGAUGCAGGCCCAGGGACCACCAAUUGUUUAAGAAGAACAUCUGUUGUCAAAGAAAAGUAAUUUAUGUUUUAUACAUGGUUUAGCAUGCAUCACCAACAGAUUUUGUGUCAUGAUUUUUAAAUUGUAUUUGGAUGAUUAUAUCUGGACAUGUAACAUUAUAACAAAUGCAAACAAACAUAAAUACAUUAAAACCUAACAAGAAUGUUUUGUUUUUAAAAAGGUUACAAUUAUUACAAUUUUUAUUAUUCUUUUUAUUUUAAGAUUUACUUUGAGUAGAGGGCUGAAAUGGUCCAGAAGGCUGGCAAGCAGUAGGCACCCGAUUAAGGCAGAAGAAGCAACAGCAUCAGACCGCACAGGAUGGGCAGUUUUUUUUUAAAUUUUUUUUAUUUAUGUUUGUUUAUGGGUUCUUACACCUGUCUAAGAAGACAUAACUGUUAUUUUGGGUACUGACGAACAUAAACUCAGUUGUUCAUGAAUGAACGAAGCUGUACUAUUUUCCGAGUUUGCAGCUGCUAGCGCUAACUAGCCUAGCAAUGUCCGCUAAAGGGCCAACUAGGCUAGCCAUACUGGUAAACUGCUUAAAUAUCUAAAGUUAGUUGACUGCAUUGAAGACAAUAAUUUGGAGCAGCAGCAUUUUGUAAAUGCUGAGAUACAAAGCCUGUUUCAGUCACUGAGGCGCUCUGCGUUUAGAAACAAGAAGAUCCUGAAAUAACGGUCUUCAUAAACCCCAGAACAGAACAGCCAAUCAUGAUGUCGAUUUUAUUCCCUUUUGUAGUGAUUGAACAUUACUACCUAUCAGCUAUCUCAUGGCAGCAGUAACUCAUAGCUUGUGGUAUUUUCCACUCUUUACUGUAUUUAUGCUAAUGCUACCUUAACAUUACUUCCCUCAACCCACAGCUCAGCAGAUUCAAUGAUUUCCUGAACAACACGCCUGAUUUAGGUCAUGGAGGGCUCUGUAAUCAGCUGAUAGGCUGCAUCAGGAGCAGGUUAAUAAACUCCAAUUUAAACAGUUGCAAAGAUUGCCUAGUUAGCCAUUUAGUGGACACUGCUAUGCUAGUUCGCGUUAGCAGCUCAAUAGGUUAGAUUGUACAGCUCUGUUCAGCAGCUAAGUUUACCUAAUAUACUUCAAUUUCCAAAAUAUACAGCUACAGAAUCCUGACUGUGUGUUACAUUAUAUGACAAACAUCGGUCAUAAGGGCGGACAUGUCAGCGCAAUAGGCCCUUUUCACAUUAUCGCAUUUUUUGCUGGUGGAAGUAGUCAUUGCAAGGUAAUGCUGCUUCCGCUAAAGCAACAACGAUGAUGAGUAGAGCGUGUACAGCUUACUCAUGAGUCUGAAGCAAAAACAACCUUGACUCAGUGUCAGUGGAUUGUCAGCUGACGAUGAGCAGAGGAAAAUUUUGUUUGUGCAAUGAACAAAGGAAUAAACUUUGUCUUACAGAGGAACGCCCCCCUGCUGUCAUGUGUGCGUAUUUAGCUUUUUGCCAACUAGUUUUCUGUUAGCGAGCUGUUUCAACAUUUCCAGCUUUUAUUUAGUUUGGACUUCCAUAUUUUUGUGUGUUUGGUGAGUUGGUCAGUUGACCAUUAGAAAGUGCAGGUGAACACCCUCUUCUAAGGCCCAAUCCCAUUUCUUAUUUUUACACUUAUCCCUUUUUUUGAGUGUCACUUUGUCCGUUUGGAACUGAGUUACAAGGGCUAGUUGUUUAAAUCUUCCCCUACGAAAUGAGACAACCCUCAAACAAAAAAGAGCAUUACUUCAUUGACAGGCAACUAGUGGUGCUCUGUAGGAAAACCUGCCGGUCUGCAGUGAUAGCAGAGGAGCGGUAAAGUUCAGCAACCUUGCUGCUGGGCUUCAGUUAAAUUUAGGGCUUUAUAUGCCUUCAGAGAGGAGGGAUGUGACAACUAUUUAUGAUUGCCGCCCCUAAUUCAUCCCAACAAAAACUGGGACACCCUACCCCUAGACAUGAACAUGCAAAAUAGAGGGGUAAGGGCUAGGUGGUAGGGGCAAGAAGAGAAAUGGGACUGAGCCAAAGACUUUAACAGACGCUGUUAAAAAGUGCCAAAAGUCAGAAGAAAGAUUUCAGAAGCAAAAGAGCAACUCCAGAAACAAAAAAUAUCAGCAAAAUCAGCAAACAGAAAAAAAUGCAAGCAAAAACUGGCAAAAUUAGUAAUAGAUUUAUAUCAAAAUGAGAAGAAAUGAGUAAAAAAUCUUUUUGAAAAAUUAAGAUUGAUUUAACUCUCAUUACUUGUAUUUGCAACAUUUUUUUUACAUUUUGAAACUCAAUAUUUUACUUGAAUUUUACUAUUUUAUUAUUAUUGUAAGUUAAAAUUUGAUUUAUUGCAGUUCAACCAAACAGGCUCUGGGUCUUGCACAGGGGGUGUAAAGUAUUGGUUUUGUUAAUAAUGGUGGCUACUGAGUGAAAAAUCAACUGGUCUAGUGGUUUGAUAUUAUUUUUUAAUUUUUCACAAAUGCACAAAUCAUUCUGUAAUAUACAGUAUAUAAAAGGUAUUAUGUUAUAGGUCUAUUCAGACAUGUACAGAUAUUCACACUUUAGCUCCUUUCACACUGUCCCUUUGUUACUCUAUUCUAUUUAUUGUAUUUUUAUUGUAUUUGUCCCUUAGACAAAUAAUUUUUGCUAGUCUGUGUGAUGGUCUGGUCUGUUCAAUAUGCUGCAAGAUACAUGUGUAUACUCACCAAGAUAAAUUCCUUGUAUGUGUAACAUACUUUG